AUGAAUCUACUGCCGAAAACCGCCACCGAGUUCGGUAGCACCGAGUACUGGAACAAUUUCUUCAAGAAACGUGGUAAGCAAGCGUUCGAAUGGUACGGCGAGUAUCCGGAGCUGUGCGGCCAGCUGCACAAGUGCGUCAAACCCAGGGAUGAAAUCCUGAUGGUGGGCUGCGGUAACUCCAAGCUGAGUCUGGACUUGUACGACGUUGGGUUCAAGCAAAUUACCAACAUCGACAUCUCGCAGGUCGUCAUCCGGCAAAUGCAGGAUGCGAACAAGAUCCAACGGCCGGAGAUGCUCUGGUACCACAUGGACGCCACUGCCAUGAACUUCAGCGACGAAAAGUACUCCGUCGUACUGGACAAGGGAACGUUGGAUGCGCUGUUCACGGAUGAGACGGAGGCCACCCUGCAGACGGUUAGGAAAUAUUUUUCCGAAGUUGCCCGUGUCCUGAGGGUGGGUGGUCGGUACGUUUGUAUAUCCCUGCUGCAGGAGCACAUAUUGAAGGAAGUUCUGGGAUUCUUCCCGGAGAACGAAUUCGUGCUGAGGGUGGUCCGGUGCGUAGAAGCCGAACAGAAAACGGCCGAGAGUAACAGCGACGGAACGUCCAUGCCGGUGUUCAUUGUGGUGGCCACAAAGUUUAAGAAGCUUCCGAUGAAGGUGUACGAAGUUUGUUUGGCUGGUGAACAAGUGCAACGGGUUCAGAAACCGGAAGAAGUGGUCCUAUCGGUCGCUGCCGCUCAAAAAGCUUCGAUGGUGUGCAACGGACUGGUUCGGGGAAGUAUCGCUGGGAUGAAAGAAGUCUCGUUGGAUUUGCACCGACCGGGAGAGGACAUUCCGCGGUACACGAUUCACGUUUUGGACCAGAAGCCGAUGCGAGGCAAUGGGAAGUAUGCGGCGUUUAUUGUUCCUCAAGGUCGGGAAACGGAGUGGCUCUUUUCGACGCCUCAAGGACGACAGAAGCUGCUGGCAUCGGCUAGUCAUGAUCGUUUGGCGAUCGUGUCGAUGCACCGAGGACAGACGUACGCUAGCUGGGACGCAGUCAAAGAUGAGCUGGCCGAAAGCGUGAAGUCGUUGGCGCCACAUGGGCUCCAUGGCCAUAUCCCUUACCUCUCCCUUGGAUCCGAGGUCGGCCGGCGGGAAACCAUAUUCAAGGGUCAUAGUGCACUGUCCGGGGACUAUAUUGUUGAGGAGAUCCUGGGCAACGAUAACAAAAUCUUCCGUAGGUUGAUUUUCCUAAACAAUCAAUUUGUGAUUCAGUCGGAGGCUGCUAUCAAACUGGUCAAGGGGAAGGGUAAGUCUAAAGAGUCCAAGAAAGUGAUCGAUCCGGGUUAUCUGGCUUGUCAACAUCAUCUUUAUAUGACUAUUGGAGUCCAUUUGGCUAUGGGGUUGGAGAGUGGCGAACCCGACAACAACGUGAUGGUUGUAGGAUUGGGUGGAGGUGGAUUGUGUACGUUUAUCCAUCAGUGUUUGAGGAACUCCAACAUGGUAGCGGUAGAAAUCGACCCGGAAAUGCAAACUGUAGCUACCAACUACUUUGGCCUUACGCUAGACGAACGGCUCAAGGUGGAAAUCAAGGACGGAAUAGACUAUCUGAGAGACUGCGCUGAACAGAAUCAACACUUCAAAGCAAUCCUCUUUGACGUGGACAGUAAGGAUCCAACGCUGGGCAUGAGUUGUCCACCGCAAUCUUUCCUGGACCAGCGAGUGCUGGAGAAUACGAAAAAGCUGCUUGGCACCUGCGGUAUAUUUAUACUGAAUCUGGUUUGUCGCGAUGAUUCCCUUCGCGGGAAAGUGGUCGACGAACUGAAGCAGGUGUUCAAGUAUGUGCUUUCCUACAAGCUGGAAGAGGACGUGAAUGAAAUCUUCUACUGUGCCGACAAUGCCGCCCUGGAUAGCGGUGCCAAAUGGCAGGAAGCUAUGAAACGAUCCGCGCAGGAGAUCAACGCGUUGGCCAAAAAGUUCAAGCUGAGCCGUGACGAUCUUGUAGAUUUGGAAGAAUUCGUUGAGGGUUUAAAAAUAUAGGUUUUUGUUGGAAGCGAGA